ACACGAACCCUUGCCGUAAACUCACAACAGAAGAAGAGGAGAUUCAGGAUUUUUUGUUCCCCUCUCUGAGUGAGAAAAAUCAACCUUUCACUGAGGUAAUCAUUCUUCUACAUUAAAAUAUUCCUGACUGGGUUUUAUAAUAACAGAUUUGAUUGAUUUAAAAACAUAAACCUGGUAUUGUGGCUGUAUUUGAGGGUGUUCACUACAUUGUACUUUAAAACCUGAGCUAAGUUAAACUAACUGAAUGGUCUGUAUAAAUUUUCUAUGAAGUGUAUUAGUUUACAGUGGAUUCUACAGUAUGAUCGCAGGCUCCUUUUCCAGAAACACCAUCCUUUAGACCUUAUAAGACCUUAUAAUGGAAUCAGCAGAGGUUCAACUGUGCUCUGGUGAAAAACCUCCAUGCCCUCCUGGUCCUGCUGGCUCACAGCUUUGUGGGGGUGUGCAGACAGAAGUUUGUAAGGCUUCAGGUGGAGGCUCUGUGGAACACAUCACCCCUGUGGACCUCCAGAAAAAUGUAAAAAAGGAAGAAAGUGAAGAUGAAGACUAUCUCUGUGGAGUGCUGUCAGGCUCUGUGGGAUACAUCACACCUAUGGACCAACAGAAUCAUGUGAAAAAGGAAGAACUUGAAGAUGAAGCUCAUUUCUGUGAUGGGACAUCACACUCUGUGGAAAAUAUAGAUGAACAGAAUGGAGGAUUUGAAAGAAAGCAUGUAAAAAAGGAAGAGUCUGAAGAUGAAGAUUACCUCCAUGCAACGACAGCCUGGGACAUGAACAGUGCCCAGGUACAAGUCUUCUCCUGCUCCUGGUGUUCACUUUCCUAUACAUCUCAAAUUUACCUCUACAAACACAUUAGAAGAUGCCACUACGAGGAAUAUGACAGACUGCUACAAUCAGGAGAGUUAAAAGAUGAGAACCAUAUCACCACAAUAAGCUCCAGUAUUCAGCAAACAGUCUCUGUUACACUCGACAUUAACACCUCUAAUAAACAAAUGGAGAAAGAAGUCUAUUCCUGCUCACAGUGUGGGAAGAGUUUUAGUAACCGGCGUAAUCUCCGACGACACCAGCGCAUUCACACAGGAGAGAAGCCGUAUCACUGCACACAGUGUGGGAAGAGUUUUACAAAACACUAUAAUCUCCAAGUACACCAGCGCACUCACAAUGGAGAAAAGCCGUACCAUUGCUCAGAGUGUGGGAAGAGUUUUAUUAGAAAGGGUGAUCUCCAGCUACACCAGCGCAGCCACACAGGAGAAAAGCCGUAUCGCUGCUUAGAGUGUGGCAAGAGUUUUUCAAAACACAGUAGUCUUCAGCGACAUCAACGCAUUCACUCUGGAGAAAAACCGUAUCAGUGCUCAUACUGUAGGAAGAUGUUUAUAGAUAAAGGUAAUCUCAACGUACACCAGCGCAUUCACAAUAGAGAGAAGUCGUAUCGUUGCUCACAGUGUGGGAAGAGUUUUAAUCAGCAACGUCAGCUCAGAACACACUUGCAUAUUCACACAGGAGAAAAACAGUAUCGCUGCUCCCAGUGCGAGAAGAUGUUUACUGAUAAACGCCAUCUCAAAGUUCAUCAGCGCAUUCACAACGGAGAAAAGCCGUAUCACUGCUCGCAGUGUGGGAAGAGUUUUAAUCAACUGAAUAAUCUUCAGAGACACUUGCAUAUUCACACAGGAGAGAAGCCGUAUUCCUGCUCACAGUGUGGGAAGAGUUUUAAUCGACAGUGUAAUCUCGAUCUCCACCAGCGCAUUCAUACAGGAGAAAAGCCAUAUAACUGCUCGGAGUGUGGGAAGAGCUUUAAUCAGCGGAGUCAUCUUCAGCGACACCAGCGCAUUCACUCAGGAGAAAAGCUGUAUCAGUGCUCAUACUGUAUGAAGAUGUUUAGAGAGAAAGGUAGUCUCAAAAUACAUCAGCGCAUUCACAGUGAAGAAAAGCCGUAUCAUUGUGCACAGUGUGGGAAGAGUUUUAAUCAACAGAGUCAUCUCAAAAGACACUUGCAUAUUCACACAGGACAGAAGCCGUAUCAGUGCUCACAGUGUGGGAAGAGUUUCCAUCAGAAGAGUAGUCUUGUACAACACCAACACAUUCACGGAUCAAAACCUCCACACACUCCUGCUCUUGCUGGCUCACAGCUUUGUGGGGGUGUGCAGACAGAAGUUUGUAAGGCUUCAGGUGGAGGCUCUGUGGAACACAUCACCCCUGUGGACCUUCACAAAAAUGUAAAAAAGGAAGAAAAUGAAGAUAAAGACUAUCUCUGUGAAGUGCUAUCUGACUCUAUGGGAUACAUCACACCUGUGGACCAACAGAAUCAUGUGAAAAAAGAAGAACCUGAAAAUGAAGAAUAUCUCUGUGAUGGGAUAUCAAACUCUGUGGAAAAUGUAGACCAACAGAAUGGAGGAAUUGAAAGGAAGCACAUAAAAGAGGAAGAAUCUGAAGAUGAAGACUACCUCUGUAGAAGGACAGACUGGGAAAUGAAUGAUGCCCAGGUACAAGUCUUCUUCUGCUCCUCGUGUUCACUUUCCUAUACAUCUCAAAUUUACCUCCACAAACACAUCAGAAGAUGCCACUAUGAGGAAUACGAGAGACUGAUAAAAUCAGGAGAGAUAAAAUAUGAGAACGUUACAUCCACAAGAAGCUCCAGUAUUCAGCAGACAAUCUCUGGUAUUCGCAAUAGUAACACCUCUGAUCAGCAAAUGGAGAAAGUCUAUCCCUGCUCUCAAUGUGGGAGGAGUUUUACUGACCAGAGUAAUCUCAGACGACACCAGAACAUUCACACAGGAGAGAAGCCGUAUCACUGCUCACAGUGUGGGAAGAGUUUUGCCCAACACUAUAAUCUCCAACGACACCAGUGCAUUCACACAGGAGAAAAGUUGUAUCACUGCUCAGAGUGUGGUAAGAGUUUUAUUCGACAGAGUAAUCUCCAACUACAUCAACGCAUUCACACAGGAUUAAAGCCAUAUCACUGCUCAGAAUGUGGUAAGAGUUUCAUUCGACAGGGAAAUCUCCAACUACACCAGCGCAUUCACACAGGAGAGAAGCCGUAUCACUGCUCACAGUGUGGGAAGACUUUUUCCCAACACAAUAAUCUACAGCGACACCAGCGCAUUCAUUCAGGAGAAAAGCCAUAUGAGUGCUCACAGUGUGGGAAGACGUUUACAGAAAAAGGUAACCUCAAAAUACAUCAGCGCAUUCACAAUGGAGAAAAGCCGUAUCGUUGCUCACAGUGUGGGAAGAGUUUUAAUCAACAGAGUCAUCUCAAAACACACUUGCAUAUUCACACAGGAGAAAAGCCGUAUCAGUGCUCACAGUGUGGGAAGAUGUUUACAGAUAAAGGUAAUCUCAAAGUUCAUCAGCGCAUUCACAAUGGAGAAAAGCCAUAUCACUGCUCGCAGUGUGGGAAGAGUUUUAAUCAGCAGAGUAAUCUCAAAACACACUUGCAUAUUCACACAGGAGAAAAGCCGUAUCAGUGCUCACAGUGUGGGAAGACGUUUACAGAUAAAGGUAAUCUCAAAGUUCAUCAGCGCAUUCACAAUGGAGAAAAGCCGUAUCAAUGCUUGCAGUGUGGGAAGAGUUUUAAUCAGCAGAGUAAUCUCAUACAACACCAGCGCAUUCACACAGGAGUGAAGCCGUAUCACUGCUCACAGUGUGAGAAGAGUUUUAUUCGAAAAUAUGAUCUCCAAAUACACCAGCGUAUUCACACAGGAGAGAAACCGUAUCCCUGCUCAGAAUGUGGGAAGAGUUUUAUUCGAAAUUGUGAUCUCCAAAUACACCAGCGCAUCCAUACAGGAGAGAAGCCGUAUCGCUGCUCAGAGUGUGGGAAGAGUUUUAAUCAACAGAGCCAUCUCCAAACACACUUGCACAUUCAUACAGGAGAGAAACCGUAUCCCUGCUUGCAGUGUGGGAAGAGUUUUAUUCGACGGAAUGAUCUUCAAAUACACCAGCACAUUCACACCGGAGAGAAGCCAUAUCACUGCUCACUGUGUGGGAAGAGUUUUAUUCGACAGGGUGAGCUCCAAAUACAUCAGCGCAUUCACACAGGAGAGAAGCCGUAUCCCUGCAUACAGUGUGGCAAGACUUUUUCCCAACACAGUAAUCUUCUACGACACCAGCGUGUUCACACAGGAGAGAGGCCAUAUCACUGCUCACAGUGUGGGAAGAGUUUUGCCCAACAUGGGAAGCUCCAACAACAUCAGCGCAUCCACAAUAGGGAAAAGCUGCAUCACUGCUCGGAGUGUGGGAAGAGUUUUAAUCAACAGAGAAAUCUCAAACAUCACCAGUGCAUUCACAUAGCAGAAAAACUGAUUUGAUAUUCACAGUGUGGAUGGAGAUUUACUUAUCCAGGUGAAUUUUAAUACAAAAGUGCUCCAAGAUUAAAUCUUGUGAUGUGUGAUAUCUUGAAAGCACUGAAUAAGCUGCGCUUCUAAUUUGCUUAAAAUAUAUAGAUAAAUGUAUUUAUUGUGUAUGUACAAUAUAUUAGUAUAUCAUGUACGUAUACAGUAAACAAACUGUUUGUUGGAAGCAAAUCUUGCCUUGUCAGGGUGCUCUCAUUUCUUCUGUAAGGAAUUACAGAGUCUACCAUAAAAGUAAGUUUUGAUCUGGUAUAAUCUGAACUGGGUUCCCUUCUCGCAUGCCACAAGGCUGAUAAGCUGUAACUGCAAAUGGCCCAGUCAGCAUAGCUA